UCUGAACAAGAUUUAUUAAUUAUUUUUAAAGGUUGAUUUACGGAGAAUGAAAUCAAGGCAAGUAUGGCUGCCGAAGCCAGACAUUAUGAAAAAAAGAAGAUGACUUAUUCCAGUCGAAAAAUUGAAGAAAAGUAUAAACAGCAAAAUAGAAGUUGUGAUACUUCGCCUUAUCGUCAUAAAUCACGUUCCAGUAGUCAUUUUUCACCAAGUAGAAGAAAGAGACCGUAUUCACCAAAAUCUUCCAAACAAAGUUCUUUGUAUGAAGGUUCGAAAAAGAAAGACAGAGAUUCAGAUAUUCGACAAAAUUUUCAGAUUAGUUGUGAUUGGUCUAAACACAUUAGUUCGUCUGGAAAAACAUACUACUACAAUCGAAUAACAGAACAGUCUCAAUGGGAACCUCCAAAAGAAUUAUUACAAAGAGAGCGAUCUGGGUCAUCAAGUCAAGAUAGCAGAGGUAGUAGAGAUUCUAGAGAUGAUGAAGUAAAAGACACACAUAACAGUAGGUAUAAAGGUUCACGUGACAAUAGAAAGUCACGUGAAACUAAAACUUACAGCAACAGAAUGAAUAGAGAUUAUCGGAACAGAAGUGGAAAUGAUUAUUCCAGGAGUACCAAUCUGAGACCCGAUAGAGAAUUAAAUGGUUCAAUAUCUGGAUUUAAAUCAGUUGGGCAUGCAACUCCAAGUUCUAAAACCUCUUCAAAUUGUAGCAAUUACAGAACUCCUGAUAGCACCUACAUUAAUGGCUGCUUGCAAGAUAUCUCUUCUCCUGAUACACCAACAAAUGAUGAUAUUUCAAGUAUCCUUUCACCUGUGACUCAUUGCACUCCUCUUGGUUGUUCUCCACUUUUAAAUAAUUCUUUUUCUAACCAUACAUUAACAAGAUCAUUACAGUCACCUCUGUUAUCGCCAAAUAUAAUUGCAGUGAAUUCUUCAGAUGCAUCCUCAUUUUUACAUCCUUUACAACAGGCGCUGUUGUUGAAGCAGCAAGUUACUUCGAUGUCAACUCCCAAAGAUUUAUACAAAUCUCCCAAGUUGCCAACUGUUAAACAUUUGACAAAUUCUGGUUUAUCGCCUCAAAUCUCUUCUGCUCGGAAAUCUUCUAAAUGCUCUUAUUCACCAAAUUUUUCUAGCUGUUCUACUCCACCACCUCCACCACCACCAAAAGAAAAUAUGAAGGAAAGUAUUUCAAAAUCUGAAUCACGAGCUAUCGAUAACGAUAGAGUUAAUAAACAAGAUCGAUUUCUUAGAUCAAAUAAUUUUCUAUCUAAUACACCUGAACUCGACAAUCGCUCAAAAAAUCUCGAUUAUUCAAAAAAUCUUGAUUAUUCAAAUAAUGAAAAUCUAAGCUCAAUGAGUAACCUAAACCCUCUAAGACAUUCAGUAGAUCAUAAUUCACUUAAGUCUUCUAAAUAUCAAAGUAAUUUGAACCCAAACAAUAGUGAUAUAACACCAAAGAGACAUUCAAACCCUAAUAAUAGUGAUGUUCCUUCAACAAGACAUCUAAACCCAAAUAAUAACGAUGUUACUCCAAAAAGACAUUCAAAUCAAAAUAUAAAUGAUGUUACUCCAAAAAGACAUACAAAUCAGAAUAUAAACGAUGUUACUCCAAAAAGACAUUUAAACCAGAAUAGUAGUGAUGUUUCUGUAAAAAGACAAACUCAAACAAACUCAGCUAAAGCAGAAAUUAUAACUUUUUCUGAACUACCUUCUUUAGAUAAAUAUUCACAAUACUUGUCAACAAAUAAAAAUAUAGAAACAAUUACCGAAAGUAAUAGUGGUUAUUAUGGUAAUAUGCUGGAAAAACAGGCUUCAGCAUGUUGCGACGAAACUCUAUCUUAUCUUCAAGGUGACGGGUGCAGAACUAAAUUCAGUUUAAUUAUUUCUAAACUCUACGCUGAAAUGGAAGAUUGCAAAUCAGACAUUAAUUUAGCUAGAUUAUCUUCUUUACAUGCAGUAGCAGAUAAAUUAGAGAGUUUGCAAGAUUUAACAAUGAACUUAAGAACACCAAGAGAAAAUAAACUUAUAAACAGAAAAAAACAAGAUUCUACGGUUUCAAAUGAUAUUGUUAACAAAGUUGAUAUUUCUAUUAUAAAUGACACGACUGAUGAUAAAAAACUAAAUGAAAAUGGUAUUAAAAUUCGAAAAAUUGAGGAAAGCUGACACUAGCUAUAAUUUUGAUUUUUAUAUAUAUAUAUAUAUUCUCGAUCAUUUUUGUUUGAGUCUCAAUGAAUUUUCUGUUAAAUAAUUAUCUUCUUGAGAAAA